CACGACUUGCAGGCUGCAGCAGCUCCUGAAAAACUGGCCAAAGGGACUCCAUUUUGAGCACCUUGUGGACGCCACCGAAGUGCUGUGAAAACGCGCGUUGCUACAUUUUUUUUUAUCGCUUAGAAUUUACGGAUCGUAACGAUGGCUGAUCCAUCUACUGAGAGUGAUAUUCCAGAAGGCGUCGAGGUUCGUAAACUGUCCGAGCUGCGAGUUAUUGAUUUGAAGGCCGAGUUGAAGAAACGAAACCUAGAUACCACCGGCGUCAAGAGCCUGCUGUCGGAGCGUCUGAAAAAGGCUAUCGAGGAUGAGGGCGGAAACCCUGACGCAGUUGUUCUUUCAUCGGAGUCUGGGCCGAAGAAGUCGACGCCGAGACGUUCAGUGAAAGAUGCACUUGGGUAUGAGGAACAAGAGGACAGCAAUUUGGAAGAUGACUCCCAUGACGGUCAUGAUGAACAUGAGAACAUGCAGGAGAUGGAUAUCCUUGACAUGAAUGUCCUGGACGAGGCUGACAAUGGAUUGCCAGACCAGGAUAUGGAUGAUUUGGGGAAUUUAAUUGAUGAAGACGCACACCUGGAGGGUGAUAAUGAUGACGACGUAACCAUCGAUUCCGAAGAUGAAGCGAGACAUACUGCAGAGGCUGAGAAACUGCUAGCAGAAACAGAACAUGACAAAGUAGCUGGGUCUUGUUUAUCUGAGCCGCUUAUCGAAGACCACCACCCGAGCCAUGAGAUGAGCACCGAUGAAGAACCGGCCCCAUCCGCCAGCGGGGAAGACAAUGUGUCAGGCGACACGGGAGCCAAAGCCGACGCGGAAAGUGACCGGGAUGAAAUGGACGUCGGGGAUGCGGAGAAGGCCCCAGAAGAGACAUUGGACAAUGAAAAGCGCUCGCAAGCGAUUAGUGAAAGUGAACAGGACGUUGGGGUUGUAACUGUUGGGUCACAAUUGGGGUCAAAGAAGGGUGAUGAGGAUGAGAAGACAGAAGACAAUGCGACUGCGGAUUCGGCCUCUGCUGGGAAAGAGUCGUCCUCUGUAGAGGGCGAAGAUCAAAACAAGAGUUCUGAAGACAAGGACAAGGACGAGUCAAAGGCCACUGCAAGUGGUUCUACUGGCAGCAGGAAUCUGUGGGUCAGCGGGCUUGCUUCCACAACCAGGGCGACCGAUCUUAAGGCACUUUUCAGCAGGCUUGGCAAGGUUGUUGGCGCCAAGGUGGUUACCAACGCCAAGAGUCCCGGUGCCCGCUGUUAUGGCUUCGUCACAAUGUCCUCUAUGGAAGAGGCCGCCAAGUGUGUCAGCCACCUUCAUCGCACAGAGCUGCACGGCAAGAUGAUCUCUGUUGAGCGGGCUAAAAAUGAGCCAGCGGGCAAAAAGCCAGCCGACAAGAACGACUCAAAGAAGGGAGGCGGUGAGCGAAGACACUCCACCGACUCCAAGUCAGGAAAGGAAGCAGGCGAUGGGAAGGAUGGUAAAGGGGACGAGAGGACCGUUGUCAUGGACAAGUCUAAGGGCGAGCCUGUCAUCAGCGUCAAAUCCAAAAGCAAAGAGCGCAGCUCCAAGAGUCAGGACCGCAAAUCGUCCAGCAAGGAGAGGAAGGACAUUCUGUCCUUUGACCAGAUCAAGGAGCAACGUGAGCGUGAGAGGCAGAGGCAACGUGAGCGCGAUAUGCGAGAGGUGCAGAGACGCAGAUACAACAAUCGCGGCAUGGACAACCGCUCGGAGCGUGAGCGAAUCCGUAUGUUCCGUGAGAAAGAGGAACGGACUCAUUUGAUGAAGAGGAGACAAAUGCUCGAGGUUGAGCGGGAGCGUCUGGAUGCGGACCGCAUGGAGCGACAGUUCCUGGAGCGCGAAAGGAUGCGCAUAGAGUAUGAACGGCGCCGGGAGCAGGAGCGCAUCAUGAGGGAGCGCGAGGAGCUCCGCAGGCAGCAGGACCAGCUGCGCUACGAGCAGGACCGACGCCCCAUGAAGAGGCCUUACGAUAUGAAGGACGACUGGCCUGACAAGCGCAUGAACUUGGAUGACCGGUACAACCGCUCAGACUUCGGCCGGCAGGAUCGCUAUCAGGACUUUGACCACAGGGAGCGAGGGCGCUUCCAGGACGACAUGAGAGGCGGCGGCCGUGGCAUGGGUGGCGAUGGUCCGAAUUUCAACGAAAGACACGGCCGUGACUCAUGGGGCGGCGGAGGCUACGAUAAGCGAAUGAACAGGGACGGAGGCCGAGACUGGGACUCUGGUCGAAAGAUGGAUGGUGACCGGCCGUGGCAAGGCAUGGGUGGACGCGGAGGCAUGGGAGGUCGUGGAGGCUUCAUGAAUUCUUCCCAGUCUCUCUCAAACGCGCUCAACCGACAAAACCAAACGAUGCAAGGCGGAGCGCAGGGCGGAGCCUUCAAUCGACGAUUCUGAAAUGUCUUUUGGAAACCACAGUAAUAAUCCACAAAGGAAGGAUUUAACGUUUUUUGUGAAUUUUUAUUCUUUUGGUCAGGAUUUUUCCCCUGAUACAAUUCUGUUUCCGAGUCAUAGUGGUCACUGGUGUGUUGUAAAUGUUUUAUAGACACAUGGUUGACGGACCUAACCCUCACCCACAUUUCAUGCUCAGCUCAUCACUUUUGUGUUGCUUUAAAGCUGUGCCAAUUUUCCCUUUUUUUUAUAUAUAUAUAAGCAGCUCGUCAGAAAAUAUGAAUUAUUUCCUGGAGAAAUGUUUUCUUAAAAGCAUGGUACAUCUAAACUGCAACUCUUCUAAGCCUGUUUAUUAUUGUUUCAAUCCCACCUAAUGUUUAAAGUCAUUCUUGAUUGUGUGUGACUGGUAAUAAAGGAAGAGUAACAAA